AUGUCAGUAGUUAUCAGACCAAUUGAAGCAAAAGAUAAAGAAGAAUGGGUAAAUUUAUGGACAGGACCAGGUGGUUACAUUGAAUUUUAUAAAUCAUUAGAUAAAAUUACCCCAGAAAUUACAAAUACAACAUUUGAAAGAUUUUUAGAUUCCAAUGAUCCAACUUAUUGUAAUGUUGCAAUUGAUUCAUCAACAAAUAAAAUUAUUGGAUUUGCAACUUAUUUAACUCAUAGAAAUACUUGGACUAUUGAAGAUUCAUGUUAUUUAAAUGAUUUAUUUGUUUGUGAAUCAAAUAGAUUAGGUGGAGUUGGUAGAAAAUUAAUUAAUUCAGUUUAUGAAGAUGCUGAUAAAUUAGGUUGUGGAAAAACUUAUUGGCAUACUCAAUUUGAAAAUCAUAGAGCUCAAUUAUUAUAUACUAAAGUUGGUGUUAAAGAUGGUUUUUUAAAAUAUUCAAGACCUGAGUAA